AUGGCAGCGAGGUCACGUGGGCGGGAAGCUGCGCCCGCCGCCAUUUGGGGGUCUCAGUCCCACAAAGGCUUCACCUGCACAGCCUGAGCAGCUUUUUGUUCCCCUUCUGCACAGCGCGGAGGAUGAUGAAGCCCUUUGGAAAAGUGCUCUGUGCUGCAGGGAGCCUGGCUGUGCUGCUUGCCUUCUUCUGGAGGGACACCUUCCAGCCAGAGCAGCUUUCUGGUGCCCGCGUCCUGCUGACCGGAGCCAGCGCUGGGAUUGGGGAGCAGAUGGCCUAUCACUAUGCCACGUUUGGGGCUGAAAUUGUUCUGACCGCCAGGAGGGAAGCUGUGCUGCAGGAGGUGAUGAAGAAAUGCCUGACCCUCGGAGCAAAGAAAGUCUUCUAUAUUCCAGCUGAUAUGUCUUCCCCUUCAGAGCCUGACAGGGUGGUUCAGUUCGCUGUCCAAAAUCUGGGAGGGCUGGACUACCUGGUGCUGAACCACAUCGGCGUUUCCCCUUUCCAGAUGUGGGGUGGAGAUGUGGAGCACACCCGCUGGCUCAUGCAGGUGAAUUUCUUUAGUUAUGUGGCGCUCGCAACAGCAGCUCUGCCCACCCUGGAGAAGAACCACGGCUCAGUGGUGGUGGUUUCUUCCCUCACAGGUCAGUGUGUGACUGAAGUGCAGCUCCUGCACACCUCGGCUCAGUCUCGGCACACAUUCGAGCUGCAGCGAGCGGGACGGAGGCGGGCCGGGCUUCUUCCCUGCCGGACGUUCGGUCGCCCUCCUUUCCUCCCGCAGGGAAGAUACCCACCCCCUUCACCACCUCCUACUCAGCCACGAAGUUCGCACUGGACGGCUUCUUCAGCUCCCUGCGCCACGAGCUCACGAUGCAGAAGAGGAACGUCUCCAUCACGCUGUGCAUCCUCGGCCUCAUCGACACCGACGCGGCGCUGGAGAAGACCCGGUGUGUGGGUGGGGCUGUCCGCAGGGCGGCCCGCAGCGCCGUUCGGUGCCCCGCGUGACGCUCCGCCCGUCUCCCGCAGAGGCAAAGUGUUCAUCGCCGCCUCUCCGGCGGCAGAAGCGGCUCUCGCCAUCAUCCGCGGCGGUGCCGCGCGGCUGCGGGAGCUCUUCUACCCGUGGUGGCUGCAGCCCGUGCACGGCCUGUGGGUGCUGCUCCCCAACCCCCGCGUGCUGCAGAGCUUCUACAACUACAGCGGCCCGUGACGGAGCGCCUCGCGGUGAGAUCGCGGCCGGAGCUCCUCGUGCUGCGCCGCGGCCGUCGCCCCUUCCCCGUCUUCCUUCGUAGCCACCCCCCCCCCCCCGGCCGCCCCGCCCCGCCCCACGGGGGUCGGUCGUGUCCCGCGUCCUCUGCCCGGGGCGGGGUCUGCGGGGAGCAAAGCCGACUUCGGCCGCUCGACGGCCGCUGCCCCGGGCGGCCCCCGCGGGGACGGACGCGCCGGGCGGCACCGCGCCUUACGGGGACAGCGGCGGAAGCGCCCGCGCCGGAAACUGCCGCUGCGGAGUCGCGCCCCGCCCCCGGGCGGCAGCGGAUUGGCUGGCACUCGAGGGGUAUGCAAAUGAUGCGGUGCCGCGCGCUUUCCUAUUGGUUCCUGGCCCACGUUAGCACCGCCCCAAUGGCACGAGGCCCGCCCCGCUUCUUUGAUUGGCUGUCGGCGGCGCGCCGCGCGCUUCGCUUCUCUCGUGGGCGGAGCCGCUCUGCUGCUGGUCGCCCAUUGGCGGAGCCGCUCAGGGGGGCGGGGCUCCGUGGGUCCGUGGCGCGUUGCGCUGUCCGGGCGCGCCGUGCGGUGCGUCGCUUCGGCUCCGGUUCGGCUCCGGUGCCCCGAAGCGGUGCCGGCCGUGCAGCCGCGGGCCGCCCCAACCCCAGGCGGCGGACGCAGGGCAGCCGGGCUACUCAGAAGUAAAACCUUUAUUAAAUAAACGUAGGGUUUUUCAGACCGGCUGGCGCGGGCGGAGCGGCGAUGGAAGAAACGGCGGAGGCGUCGAAGGGCGGCGGUCCGCACCGCACCGCACCGCGAGGGAUCCGGUGGGGUUCCCCUCCCCCUCCCACCCCCCCCACCCCCCCCCCGUUCUGCAGCUGUUGGUCCUUUUUCGUUCUGUUUUUCGUUCCGUUCCAAAGGAGAUGAAGUUUAAACUCCACGGAGUCACUCGGAGCAGAAAUAAAGCACGUUCUACAAACCAC